AUGGCUUUUGUUGCAGCCGCAAUGGGCAACAAUGGGCUCAGCUACACAGGGCAUAUCUCUGAGGGAACGAUGGUGGAAUCGUGGCUGAGAGUGAUAAUAAUUUUCAAAUUGUUUCUCUUGUUACAGGUUUCCUGGGUGCGUCAUAGAGACAUACACCUUCUUACAGUAGGUAGAUAUACGUACACGUCUGAUCAACGUUUCGAAGCUAUCCACACUCCUCACACUGAAGAAUGGACUCUCAGAAUACGAUACCCACAGAAGAAAGAUUCUGGUAUAUACGAAUGUCAAAUAAGCACCACUCCACCCGUUGGUUGCCUGUAUUUUUUGACGAUAGUCGAACCAAUAACGGAAAUCUUGGGAAGUCCCGAACUAUUUAUAAAUAUGGGUUCGACCAUUAACCUCACAUGCUACGUACAGUACGCACCUGAACCUCCACCAACAAUGGUAUGGUCACACAAUUCCCACGUGAUCAACUUUGAUUCACCUCGAGGAGGGAUUAGCCUGGUAACUGAAAAAGGCUUUACCACAACUAGUCGGCUCCUGAUUCAGAAAGCUGUUCAGAAGGAUUCUGGGCUGUACACGUGUUCUCCGUCCAACGCCAAUUCAGCGACUGUUAGAGUACAUAUAUUAAACGGCGAAUAUCCAGCUGCUAUGCACCACGGACACGGAAAUUUAACCAGGAGGUCACACGUCACACUAUUGUUGAGUUUAGUGUUGAUUUUGCUGCUACGUCCUAUCACGUAGCGCCCUGUUUGGUAAAUACACAUAUUAGUUUUGAAAACGGAUCAAAAAGCAGCGUCUAAACGCACUGAAUUAGUGUUUUUUACUUUUGUACGCAUUGUGGAUAUUGUUUAUCGAUAUUAUAGAAAAGGUUGUAAUUGUUAUACAAUUUUUGUCAACUCAGUAAAAGAGUAAACUAUUCUGCCGGUUAAUGAGAUGGUAAAGAAAAUAAUAUGGCUCUGUCUAUAUUAUGUCUUUAUUUUAUUUAAAAAUACAAGAUAAAUACAUGUUUUAUUGAAUAUUUGUAUUUCAGUAAAUGCAUUUCAAUA